CGCGCGGAGCCCGGGAGCCUCCUGAGGCCGGCGGCCCCUCACAGAGAGGCUCCGGCGCCGGGCCGCGCGUGGGGGCCACACCUGCGCGCGCCCCGCGGCAGGGACGGCGGCCUCCCCAGCGAGCGCUGCGAUCGGCGGGAGUGGGCGGGGGCUGCCUGCUCCCGGCUCAGUGGGUCCGGACGGCCGAGGUCAGACCCAGGGCAGGGUGCGUUCCCAUGGCAGCGGGGUGCAGAGUUGGCGGACGGGCGCCCCUGGGCGCUGGGGACGGCGCCCCGCGGGAGGGGCAGUGCCCUCCGCGCCAGGACAGGGGUAUGCCCUCUGGGCUGGGCCAUGGAGCUGAAGGUGUGGGUGGACGGCAUCCAGCGAGUGGUCUGCGGGGUCUCGGAGCGGACCACCUGUCAGGAAGUGGUGGUCGCACUAGCUCAAGCUAUAGGCCAGACUGGCCGUUUUGUGCUCGUGCAGCGUCUCAGGGAGAAGGAACGGCAGCUGCUGCCCCAGGAGUGUCCAGUGGGUGCCCAGGCUACCUGUGGACAGUUUGCCAGCGAUGUCCAGUUUGUCCUGCGGCGGACAGGGCCCAGCCUCACUGGGAGGCCCUCCUCAGACAGCUGCCCACCGCCUGAGCGCUGCCCAAUCCGCGCCAGCCUUCCCCCGAAGCCCAGACCAGCACUGGGCCGUGAGCCCCAGAAAGCACUGACCCUCAGCCCGGGGUGCCCCAGGCUGGCCGCUGGCCUGGCGCUGCCUGAGCCGGUGGCCUCGGUCGCGCCGAUGCCCAGCCCCUGCGAAGACCUGCAGGACCUGGAGCGGCGGGUGCAGAGGAACGCAGCAGAGCUGGGCCAGGAGGCCUUCUGGGAGCAGGAGCUGCGGAGGGAACAGGCGCGGGAGCGGGAGGCACAGUCCCGGCUGCAGGCCCUGAGCGCGGCCACGGCUGAGCAUGCCGCCCGGCUGCAGGCCCUGGACGCCCAGGCGCGUGCCCUGGAGGACAAGCUCUGCCAGGCUGCAGAGGCCCCUGGGCCCCCUUCGCCCACGGCAUCUGCCACAGAACGCCUGCGCCAGGACCUGGCUGCCCAGGAGCGGCAGAGUGCGGAGGUACAGGGCAGCCUGGCCCUGGUGAGCAGGGCUCUGGAGGCUGCAGAGCACGCCCUGCAGGCCCAGGCCCAGGAGCUCGAGGAGCUGAACCGGGAGCUGCGUCAGUGUAACCUGCAGCAGUUCAUCCAGCAGACAGGGGCCGCUCCCGGCACACAGGUCAGCGUGGUUCCCGAGGAGGGUCGGGCUGGCGGGGGCCCAGCCCAGCUCCCAGCUGACCUGCUUUCCCCACAGGAUCUCAUGCCUCCAGCCAGAGGAAAGCCCCUCCCAGGAGCCCCCCGGAGUCCUGCCCUAGUGUCCAGUCUGAGCCCAGAGGUUUCCCCCAUGAGGCAGAGCUGGAGGUAGCAGCACCUGCCCCUGCCCGGAAUGAACGUCCACUGCCAGCCCAGCCCUGGGCUCUGAUGGCACGAGCGAGGGCAGCCAGGGGCAGCCCAGCCUGGAUAACAGAAGGACUGGCGGCCAUAGAGGACUCGUGCCCCCAUGCAAGUGGAAGCCCUCGGGCCCUGCACCUGAGACAGAACACCCGGAACUGGGUCAGGAGGCGGCUGAGGACUCUCACCUGGUACUUGCCAAGUCUGCCAAGCCCCCUGAGAAGCCUGGGCAUGGCCCGCUCAGAACUUGCUAGGCCCCAAAGGCCACAGCUCUUUGUUGGGGACCAGAGAUGCGUGGAUGCUGUUUUUAUCUGUGGGUCUGUGCUUGCGUGUGGGAGGCACCCUUCAGUGUGUGUGUGUGUGUGUGUGUGUGUGUGUACACGAGUGUGUGAGUGCUGCCUCCCCUACGACACUGAAACCUCAAUAAAUUGCCUGAAGUGGC